AUGUACGCACUUUCUGACAUAAUAUAUUUCUCGUCUCUCUUAAUAUGUAUCACCCUGGGUGGGUACUAUAAGAGGAUUGAGAACCCUAACACGAAGCGCAACUAUGGGACCGGACUCGGCAUACUCAUCACUUGUAUGCUGUGCGGACCAUCCAUGGCGCACUCCGUGCUUAUGGUGUGGGGGAACAUCGUCAUUAUAAAAUGUUGCAACAAAUUAUAUAUCCAUCACUUAAGCAUAGCUUACACAUGGCUCUACUUAAUCUAUAUAACUUUCAACCUGGAUCUGGCGCACUAUGUGCUGUGGGUACAUCAAGCCAUCGCUUUGCGCCUAGUAGGCCUUGCGUUUGAAAUCACCCUCGCAGAGAAAGCUAAACGACAACCCGCUACGGCCGCGGCGAAAGGAUCACAGGUUACAAAAGCCAUCAAGUAUUUAAAAGAACCAGAUUUAUAUUCAGACGUGAUAUCUAAAAGUUCGAACCAUAGACUUAAUAUUGGAGAUUUGGCCUACGUACCUACGGAACCUAGCGCUGUGGACAUCAUUUCUUAUGCAUAUUACUUCAUCGGAUUACAUAAAGGCCCUUAUUAUCGUUGGAAGACAUUUAAUGAGCACUUUAAAACCCCUUUCGGGGUUCUUGGCGAUUGUAGAAUAAUAACUGAACAGAAACUGAAGAAAGCCCUUGUGUGUAGCGUUUUAUAUUUGUUCUUGCGUUUCAAAUUUCCUACUCAGGUGUAUUACGAAAACGAUUUCUAUACGAAACACGGCACAGACUUUCGCUAUCUAUACAACAUCCCCCAGAUGAUAUCAUACGUGCUUCAGUAUCAAGUCGUGAUGAUGCUAUGUACUAGCGUGUGUACGGAAGCCGGGUUCGGGGUGUACCCUACUAAGACACAGCCCCUGCCCGGCCAUGGGCCCUCGGCUAGGUACAGCUUGCUGCAGCUCGCAGCCGUAACAGAAGACGUGGCUUUAGAACAAGAAUACAAUUUCGCUAUGCUAAGGUCUUUUGAAAACGAGAAGUUGUUGAUUGGACCACGAAUGAGGGAUACACUGAGAGGGUGGGACAUGUCCACGCGAUACUGGUUCUGGGCACACACUUACAAAGGCAUGUCCAAAGCGAAAAAGGAAGUGAGAAGCGCACUGUCAUUCUUGGCGUGGACGCUCUGGUGCGGGCCAACACUCCAGCAGCUUAUAAUAUCCACCACUCUCUGGAUACACCUGCAUCUAGAGAACGAAUAUGACAUAAUGUAUGACACUCAUGCCAUGUUAAAAAUGCCAUGGGACAUUGGAUUCUCUAUAAUGCGACUGUUUUGCUUGGCCUACCUCACCCCCUGCCUUAUCCUGAGAGACACAGCAGUGAUACUGCGCUACUACAACUCAAUAUUCUGGCUGUACCACGCGUUACUACUCUGUUUAAUUCUAGGUGCCAUAGUUAUGCAUAGAGAUCGAGUCCUUUCUAGACGAGAAUGA